AUGGGUCUUCAGACCCAACCAAUGGGUCUUCAGACCCAACCAAUGGGUCUUCAGACCCAACCAAUGGGUCUUCAGACCCAACCAAUGGGUCUUCAGACCCAACCAAUGGGUCUUCAGACCCAACCAAUGGGUCUUCAGACCCAACCAAUGGGUCUUCAGACCCAACCAAUGGGUCUUCAGACCCAACCAAUGGGUCUUCAGACCCAACCAAUGGGUCUUCAGACCCAACCAAUGGGUCUUCAGACCCAACCAAUGGGUCUUCAGACCCAACCAAUGGGUCUUCAGACCCAACCAAUGGGUCUUCAGACCCAACCAAUGGGUCUUGGGACCCUAUCAAUGGGUCUUGAGACCCAAUUCAUGGGUCUUUGA